CAAACAAGAGUUUAAAGCUGUUUUUUUCUUAGCUCAUAACACUAGACUGGACUUUGUUCAAGGCGCAGUGUGUGUGUGUGAUGAGGGUGAGACUGAAGUGGCAUAGGGGGCCAAGCCUGCCAAAAUUUAGGAGACUAACAGAUUAGAUUGGUUGGUAUUCAGUCUUUAAGACAGAAAGAAAGAGGGAGAGAGAGAGAGAGAGAGAGAGAGAGAGUGUGUGUCCUGGGCACCUUGAUGCCUCCUGAUUGGUGGCUUUCCUGAGGGCAGCCUUUAAAGCUCCACCUCAGGUGACAGACCUGCAAGUCAGUGAAGUUGAGGGUUUGUGUAUGUGUAUAUAAAGUGUGAGUGUAUAAAUAAUUGUGUGUGCCUGCAAGACUUUCACUUACUAAGAAGAAGAGAGAAGCAGAAGUCAGCAUGCAGUUAGAGCUCUUCAUCACUCUCCUCCUUGUCCACAGUCAGGUGUUGGGGGACAGUUCCUCUGAAGAAGAUCUGAGCAAAGAACAUGAGGAUGAUCAUGAAAAAAGCUCGUCCCAUAGCGAUCACUGGGGCUAUCAAGAUCAGACAUCAUGGCUGAGCACUUUCACGGCCUGCAAUGGAAAAUCUCAGUCUCCUAUUGACAUUGUGACUAGAGAAGUCACCUAUGAUCCCAGGCUUCCUGCUAUAAAACUAGACGGUUAUGACCUAAGUGAUGGCCCAGAACUCACACUGCAAAACAACGGUCACACUUUGCAGCUCCAGUUGCCCAACACUAUGCGUAUAAUACAAGGGUUUGAUGAGAUCUACUUUGCAGCCCAGCUGCAUUUCCACUGGGGGAACACCGAAGUUCCUGGUUCAGAGCACACCAUCGAUAACAUUCACUUCCCUGCAGAGAUCCAUGUGGUUCAUUAUAACUCAAAAUAUAGCAGUGUCAAAGAAGCUGCAAGCAAACCAGAUGGACUUGCUGUGUUAGGAGCCUUCAUCGGGAUUGGUCUUCAUGAGAAUGACAACUAUGAAAAAAUCCUGUCUGUAAUAAAAGAUGUCAGCUCUGAGGCGUCGGACACUAAGAUACCCAGUUUUAAUGUCCGUCACCUUCUGCCAAACAGUCUGGACAGAUUUUACAGAUACACUGGGUCUCUAACAACUCCACCAUGUUUCCAGUCAGUAAACUGGACUGUAUUCAACGACACAAUCACAGUCUCAAGGAAACAGCUGGCUGCUCUGGAGGAGACGCUGAAAGCAGGACACAACGAGAGUUUAUCUAAAAACUUCAGAGCUCCACAACAGCUUAAUGGAAGACAAGUCCUGGCCUCAUUCCCUGCGUUACAAACUAGAUACGGUGUGUCAUCUGAGACAGACAGUUUCUCAACAACUAGAGUAAAUGGGUCACAGGGUGCACUGUCCAGAGGUGAUAUCUUGGCUAUUGCCUUUGGAGUCUUGUUUGUGUUGACUUUGCUCCUUUUCUUCUUGUACGCUUAUCAACAGCGGCAAAAACACUCAAAAUCUAACCUUGAAGCCAGACAAAAUGUUAUUUAUAAACCAGCGAACAAGGAAGAUGUGUAGACCUGCCACGUGUGCUAUGGUGUCAAACAAACAAGCUCAUAUUUUUGGAGUUGCUGUAAAGACAUUGGGGAAUGUUAAACAAAAAACAGUAUUUUGACCCCUGAGACUUCUAAAAUCUGUUGAUGGGUACAGAUUUACACUCCUCUCUCAAAACUGCCACCUUUAUUGUAAGUAAAAUGUUUUAAGACGAAUUACAUUUCUUUUACAUUUAUAGCAUUUGGCAGGCUUUAUCCAGAGGGACUGAAAUUCAUCUCAUUUAUAAAACAGCAGUUGAGGGUUAAGGGCCUUGCUCAGAGGUCCAGCAGAGGCCACUGGGAUUCAAACUCAUGACCGUCUGAUCAGUAGCCCAAUGCCUUCAUCACUGACCCACCACAUCCCCGUAUAAUUACAAGGACUUGUGUGUUUUUUUUAACUCAGUAAGGGAAGAAAUUGUCCAGUUGUCUCACUGAGAAAACAGACCAUUCUUCUGAUGUUUUCUGUUUUUUUUGCUGUAUAUAAAUGUAUUUUAUUGUCGUAUGGUGGACGAUGUCUUGUCCAUGACCUAUUUAUGACCAUUUCUUCUUUAUUUGUGCCAUGUUUAAAUUAAGCACUCAAUUAUCUGGUACCAAGUUGUUCAUAUUAUUAAUGGUCUAUGAUACGCACAAAAAUAUCUUCUCAGUGAUUCAGUUACAAUGCUCUAUGUAAAUCUAUCCAGGCAAAUAAAAUGUCUUCAUGUUUCUAA